CUCUUCUUUCUCUCCAAACAUAAGGAGACAGUCAGUCUAGCUGAUGGAGAACAUACGUGGUCAGCAGAACCGGAGCCAUGAGCUCGCAACUCCUUCUGCCGUUUGACAUUUUUGUGGCUUUUUGAUUCAACCUGAUCACGCAGGAGGACCAACAACACACAAACGGAGAGCAAUACACUCUAUUUGCAGAACAAACACAUCUGAAAAAGGCUGUAGCUGAAUUGGAGACUGCAGCGACUCACUUGGAUGUUUGUUUGGCCACAGAUUUAACCUGAGCGUCUCGCUUUGGUGGGUCGGUGAGACUGUUUAACGGAGCACCAUUAUAGAAUCUUCUCGAAACGCCCAGUUUUGUCAAUCACAAUGAAAGAUGAUUUUGCAAUUGAGGAGGAUCUUCAGUCAUUUGGAUAUAAGCGGUUUGGUAUACAGGAGGGAGCUCAGUGUACUAAAUGUAAGAACAAAUGGGCUCUCAAAGCUGCUGUUGCCUUGCUGUAUGUGCUGUGUACCAUCUUGACCAUCACUGUAGCAGUGCUGGGUUACAAAGUGGUCCAGAAGGUGGAUGAUGUAACUCAAGGAGUGGAAAGUUAUGGUGGAAAAAUAAUAUCCAUGGAGACAGAUAUAAAAAGCCUUGAUGAUGAGGCAAGCGUGAAGUCUGUGAGAACUUCCUCUGAGCUGCAAACAUUUAGUUCUGGAUUAUUAGCGUUGCGCCGUACAUUAGCUGCAGUCACGCAGCAUGUCACCGACAAUGCUGUGGCCCUCAAACAGCUACAGACCUUCUCACAGGAUGUGUAUCAGUCACAAAACCAUCUACGUUUCCAGCUGAAGGACCAAACAUCAGAGCUGCGUUUUGUGAACACCACACUAUUCUCCAUCGCAGCGGUCACACCUGUGCUGCAGAAAAACACGGCCCGACUGCAACAUGAAGUACAAGAGAAUACGAAUGAGCUACGCGUGCUGCAGCUUACAGUAGACCGCCUCAAUCUCACUCAGACGCGGCAAGACGCUUUCGCCAUACUGCUGCAGAAUACUCUUGAGACUGCAGCCCAAAACACACAAAACAUGCGCAAUGAUGCACUAGCACUGAUGCGUGACACACAACUAGUUCGUAGUGAUGCCGACUGGCUGCGAGAAAAGAUACAAUAUGUGAAAAGAACUGAAGGCAAUGCAUCAAUACAGAUUCAAAGCUCUGGAGAAUGUCUUGAGGAGUUAAGUGCUCAGCUAUCAUCCAUAUCUUCUCAGAUUGUAAAUAUUAGCACGCUUAGCGAUGUUAAUACAGGAAACCUGCGGGUAUUACUGGACCAGCAGCUUGACUUUGGAAACCUAACUAGUGCACGAUUUGAUCAACUAGAAAAGCGACUGGACACGGUAGAGGAAGAAGUGGACCAGGUGACGGGUAACAUUAGCUACACAACACAGAUGCUCGGGGGAGUUAACAUCGAAUUGAGUGAAUUGAGGAAAUGCUCGGACACUCUCGGACAACAUUUUGACCUUCUGGUGGGUAUGAAUGGAAGUAUGGCCGAAGCGAGGACAGAUGCGUCAACACUGAGGUCUCUACAAGAUGACCUUGCGGCACGACUUGAUUCAGAGGUCACCAGCCUGUCAGUCCUCAUGGAGGAAAUGAAACUGGUGGACAGCAAACACUCUCAGCUCAUCAAGAACUUUACCGUAUUACAGGGUCCUCCUGGCCCAAGGGGCCCUCGUGGAAAUCAAGGUCCAACAGGUGAAGUAGGUUCUCCUGGAUUGAAGGGCGAAAGAGGAGAUAAAGGAGAGCCAGGUGUGGCUGGUCUUCGAGGAGAGAAAGGAGUGGCUGGAGCUCUUGGAUUCCCAGGGUUGAAAGGUCUGCCAGGACCACGUGGUGAACCGGGUUUCAAGGGCCCAAGAGGUUCAGGAGGCCGUGCAGGCCCGCCAGGAACCAAGGGAGAGCAAGGUUCUCCGGGACUACCAGGGAGAGAUGGUCAGCCAGGACCUCAGGGUGCUCAGGGGCCAGCAGGAGACCGGGGCCCAGUGGGCCCAGCAGGAGAACCAGGACACAGGGGCCCAACAGGCCCAAUGGGAGCCCUAGGACCACCAGGGCUACCAGGCCUCCCGGGCAAACUUUUUGCUGUGCCUGCACUACCAGUAGUCCUGCAAAGAGAGUUGCCCAAGAUUGAUUCUCAGGCAGGUAUGGCUGGUUGUCCUCCUGGUUGGUUAAGGUUUGAAGACAGCUGCUAUUUCUUCCACAUUGAGCCAUUGAGCUUUGACAGUGCUCAACAAUAUUGCAACAAUAUGUCUUCGUCUAUGGUCAUUAUAGGGGAUGUUGAGGAACAGCGCUGGCUGCACCUUCAGACUGUGGGUAGAGGGUAUUUUUGGCUGGGACUCACAGACAGACAAGAGGAGAAUGUUUGGCGAUGGGUGGAUGGAUCAGAGCCUGUCUUUACAAAGUGGAGGCCUGGUCAGCCUGAUAACUGGAAUCAUGGACACGAGCAGGGGGAAGACUGUGUGGGAUUUACUCAUGGCGGCCAAUGGAAUGACUUUUAUUGUGAUGAACGCCACAGCCUCAUCUGUGAGAAGGCAACUGACAGAUCUAUAUGAAUCCUUGCAAAGAUCUGAAGACAUGGUAGCAGUAGUACACGUGAAUGUGGUGAGCUCAACCUGCAUGACUGACAGGCUCAUUGCCAAAGGAACACCAUUCUGACACAAGUAAUAUAAGACAGGAGGUACAAGCUAU